CAACCAUUUCGACUUCGCCCAGUAUUGGAAUUAUUUAAUCAUGGCAUUUUUAAAUAAAUUGAAAUCCGCACCCUUACCACCUCUCAAAAAUAUCCUCAAUGUAGCCGUUCAGACUGCUCGCCAACAUAUGCCCGAUAAGAAGGACUAUGAACAACCAGGUGGUGGUGGUGGUAGACCGACAAUGCCACAACAGCCCGAUAGCACACAGGCCAUGUUCCAUGGUGAUGAGAAUACCUAUGGAACUACCGAUGAUAGACCGACAGAAUUGAAUCCCUUUCGCAAUCCAAAUGGUUGGAUGGACGAGGGCGAAGGCGGUGGUGAUGCAAAGGGUGAAGGCUAUCAAACGACCUCAUUCAAUGAAUACGAUGGAAGGUAUCAGCAAGCCGAUGCUAUACGACAAGGCAGCAUCGCUUCCGAAGGCAGUUCUUUCGUGUGCGAAGGUGAAGGUGGCGGUGGUUCGAAAAUCGAUGAAAUGCAAGCCGCCUGGAACGUUACGAAUGCUAUACAGGGUAUGUUUAUUGUAUCGCUGCCAUUUGCCGUACUCCAUGGCGGCUACUGGGCCAUUAUCGCCAUGGUGGGCAUUGCCUACAUUUGCUGUUACACGGGAAAAGUGUUAGUGCAAUGCCUCUACGAACCGGAUCCAACUACGGGACAAUUGGUGCGGGUACGUGAUAGUUAUGUAUCGAUUGCCAAGGUGUGCUUCGGACCCCAGUUGGGUGCAAAAGCAGUGAGUAUGGCUCAAUUGAUUGAGCUGUUGAUGACGUGCAUUUUGUAUGUGGUAGUGUGUGGCGAUUUGUUGGCGGGCACAUAUCCCCAGGGAUCGUUGGAUUCGCGAUCCUGGAUGAUGUUAGUUGGUAUCUUUCUACUGCCAAUGGGUUUCUUAAAAUCUCUAAAGAUGGUGUCACUGCUCUCCUUCUGGUGCACCAUGUCGCAUAUUGUUAUUAAUGUGGUCAUUUUGGGAUAUUGUAUUCUGCAGAUUGGUGAUUGGGGUUGGUCCAAGGUCCGUUGGAGUAUUGAUUUUGAAAAUUUCCCCAUAUCGUUGGGUGUCAUUGUAUUCUCGUACACAUCACAGAUAUUCUUGCCCACACUGGAGGGCAACAUGAUUGAUCGUUCCAAAUUCAAUUGGAUGUUGGAUUGGUCUCACAUUGCCGCGGCCGCCUUUAAGGCCGGUUUUGGUUACAUUUGUUUCUUGACCUUCCAAAAUGAUACACAACAGGUUAUUACCAAUAAUCUGCACUCGCAGGGUUUUAAGGGUUUGGUUAAUUUCUUUUUGGUCAUCAAAGCCAUUUUGAGUUAUCCCCUACCCUAUUAUGCGGCCUGUGAGUUGUUGGAACGUAACUUCUUCCGUGGUCCACCAAAAACGAAAUUUCCCACCAUUUGGCAUUUAGAUGGGGAGUUGAAAGUUUGGGGUUUAGGUUUUCGUGUGGGUGUUAUUGUUUCGACCAUAAUGAUGGCCUGUUUUAUACCUCACUUUUCGAUUCUGAUGGGUUUCAUUGGCAGUUUCACGGGUACCAUGUUAAGUUUCAUUUGGCCAUGUUAUUUCCAUUUGAAAAUCAAGGGUCAUCUAUUGGAUCAAAAGGAAAUGGCCAAGGAUUAUAUUAUUAUUGGGUUGGGGGUAUUGUUUGGUGUUAUUGGCAUUUAUGAUUCGGGUAAUGCUCUGAUAAAUGCCUUUGAAAUUGGUCUUCCAUUUUAAAGACGAGGAA